UCACCUCCACACUUGGUGCUCAUCCUUGUCUCCCCUGAGCAGAAGGACUCACACACAGAGACCUUCUCUUGGGCUCCCGGCUCCAUGACCCCCCUGAAGAUGCUGCUCCUGGUUGCUCUCCUCCUGGGGGCUUCCCUGCAGGAUGCCCAUGCAGCUCGAGGAGUCAACGUGGGCCGGGAGUGCUGCCUGAAGUACUUCAAAGGGGCCAUUCCCCUCCGGAAGCUGGUGUGGUGGUACCAGACCUCAGAGGAGUGUUCCAGGGACGCCAUCGUGUUUGUGACCCAUCAGGGCAGAGGCAUCUGUUCUGACCCCAAAGACAUGUGGGUGAAGAAGGCAAUCGGGUACCUGAAAAAAAACAUCAAGCCACGGGACUCUGUCACCCAGAAGUCCUGAUUUCUCCUUGGACCGUUCGGAGGCCUCCCACCUGCGUGUUCACUACCCCAGCCCCGAGCUCCCUGGGUCCAUUGGAGGCCCUACCAGGACAAAGAGGCCCCUCGCUCCCUUUUCUGAUUAAAGUCUUUUCCCCCGA